AUGUCAACUAAUCUUGACAGUGGUGCUUCAGAGCACGCCGUACAGGCUCGCGCAUCAGGAAAUGAUAAUGUGUCAUAUAGCAGCUCCACAGCGUCGUCAUCAGAUGUCGGUGCUGAUAGACCGUUCCGCGGUGACGAUUUGGAAAAGGGCCCAUCUGGCAGUGGUACUGCUGAUAAUGACGACGUUGCUCUCAAGUUGGUCAAAACUUUCACGAAUCCUGCUUCGGAAACGGAAAUUGCUGUUAAUAGAAGAUUGUCUAGAAUCUUGACAAGUACAGAAGACGAACCAGAUUUGAUAGAAGUGGAUUACUCUGAUGUUCCACCAAUGGGAGGUGGUAGACCUUACCCUAAAGCUUUGCCCGAUAGAGCUCCAUAUGAAGUUACGUUCGAUGGUCCAAAUGAUCCUCUACAUCCUUUCAACUGGCCUUUGAAGAAGAAACUUGUGAUCUGUAUAAUGUUGGGUCUUGACUGUAUUGCCAUCACCAUGGGUUCCUCUAUCUUUGCAUCUGCAGUUACCACUAUUUCUGAAAUAUAUGAAGUUGCCAACGUCGUUUCUAUUCUUGGUAUUACUUUAUAUGUCCUUGGUUUCGCAGCUUCCCCAGUUAUUUACGCUCCAUUAUCGGAAUUAUAUGGUAGACAAGGUGUGCUAUUGAUUGCUUCGUUUGGUUUCGCUUUGUUCCAGUUUGCUGUAGCUACUGCAGAAAAUUUACAAACUAUUUUGAUUUGUAGAUUUUUCGGUGGUUUUAUCGGUGCUGCACCAUUAGCUGUGGUGCCGGCUUCUUUCUCCGAUAUGUUUGACAAUACACAAAGAGGUACUGCCGUUACUAUGUUUGCCUUGGGUGUCUUCGUCGGUCCAAUCUUGGCUCCAGUGUUCGGUUCUUACAUUGUGCAAUACACCUCUUGGAGAUGGACUGAAUACGUUACUGGUAUUUUUGCUUCUGUCAUUUUUGUCCUGUUAUGCUAUUUCUUUGAAGAAACUCAUCACCCAACUAUUUUGGUUAAUAAAGCCAAGAUGAUGAGAAAGAAGACUGGUAAUUGGGGUAUCCACGCAGCUCAUGAAGAAGUCGAACUCUCCAUCAAAGAUGUUUGUCAAAAGACUAUCACCAGACCAAUCUACAUGUUGUUCACUGAACCAAUUAUUUUCUUGAUUACCGUGUACAACUCUUUCGUUUACGGUAUUCUAUAUUUACUAUUGGAAGCCUACCCAAUUGUCUUUGUGAAAGGUUAUCAUUUCUAUGCCAACGGUGAAUUGCCAUAUAUUGCUUUGAUCAUCGGUAUGUUCUUUGCAGCUGUUGUCAAUAUCUACAUGGAAAAGGACUAUGUUAGAAGGGUUAUAGCCAAUAGUGGUAAACCCGUUCCCGAAGCAAGAUUAUUCCCAAUGAUGGUUGGUAGUAUCAUCUUCCCAAUCGGUAUCCUUUGGUUCUGUUGGACUGGUAACUAUCCAAAUAAGGUCCACUGGAUCGUGCCAACCAUUGGUGGUUCCUUCAUUGGUUACGGUUUAAUGGCUAUUUUCUUACCAUGUUUCAACUAUCUAAUCGAUUCGUACUUGUUCUUGGCUGCUUCUGCCAUUGCUGGUAACACUUUUAUGAGAUCUUCUUUCGGUGCUGCAUUCCCAUUGUUUGCUGGUUUCAUGUUCGAAAACAUGGGUACCAACUGGGCUGGUUUGUUGUUGGGUUUGUUCGCCGCUUGUUUGAUUCCUGUCCCAUUCUUAUUCUACAAGUACGGUAGAAGACUAAGGCAAAAAUCCAAGUACGCUUACGACCUACAAUAA